AUGUCUGGCAAUAACUGCACUGCUGUAACUGAAUUCAUUAUUUUGGGAUUAACAGAUGAUCCAACCCUUCGUGUCAUCCUCUUUGUGAUAUUUCUCAGUGUCUAUGCUGUCACCUUAGUCAGUAACCUUAGCAUAAUCAUAUUGAUCAAAAAUAGCUCCCAACUUCACACUCCAAUGUACCUUUUCCUCAGCCACUUGGCAUUUGUGGAUAUAGGAUAUUCCUCAUCUGUCACACCUAUUAUGCUCAAGAGCUUUGUUGUAGACAGAACCAUAAUCCCUCUUGGAGGCUGUGUGACCCAGUUGUGCUUUGGAGUCAUUUAUGGGACAGCUGAGUGCUUCCUGCUGGCUGUGAUGGCUUAUGAUCGGUAUGUGGCCAUCUGUAACCCCCUACUCUACUCCACCAACAUGUCCCCUAAGGUUUGCACUCUGUUACUCAUAGCAUCCUAUAUGGGUGGUUCUGUGAAUUCUUGGAUUUUCAUUGGCUGCUUAUUGAAUCGGUCCUUCUGUCAAUCCAAUAAGAUCAAUCACUUUUUUUGUGAUUAUGCACCACUUUUGAAACUUUCUAACUACCAAGAUGAUCUCGCUGAAAUUCUUCCUGCUUCCUCUGCUGGGUCAAUAAUUUUGAUCACAGUGCUAAUUAUCACGGUCUCUUAUGUAUACAUCCUUUUCUCUGUCCUGAAGAUAAAAUCCACUGAGGGAAGAUCCAAAGCUUUCUCAACUUGUACUUCCCACCUCACAGCAGUUAUUCUCUUCUAUGGCACCAUUACAUUCAUUUAUGUGAUGCCUAAGUCCAGCUACUCAACAGAUCAGAAUAAAGUGGUGUCUGUUUUCUACAUUGUAUUGAUCCCCAUGUUGAACCCUUUGAUCUACAGUCUAAGGAAUAAUGAAGUGAAAGGGGCCCUGAAAAAACUGAUGAAUAGGAACCAUUGCUUUUCAUGA